GAGGGCUCACAGUCGCGCAUACGGUGCGGUGCGUCGCCGGCUGCGGGUACGUGCGAGACAGCGACGCACGCGUGGACUUAGUGAGUGACACCGACGAUCAUGUGCUAGUGCUCGCUUCUAACACGGCCGGUUACUGUCGGACCCUCGGCUCACGGAUCUCAAGUGAUUUUUACGUGUUUUUUUAUUAAGAAAAUGGAGAACGUUACUUCAAUGGUACGAGGUGGAAACGAGGAGCAGCGCGAAGAGGAAGCUGCAGCGGAAGCACUGCAGUUAGUUAAAAGUGAGGAGCGGAUAGAACAAGAGCAGCAGCAACCUCCAGAAGAGGGUGUCUCGGAGCCAGCGGCUGCAGGUCGGGAGCACUCUCCGCCUUCUCACUCGCAGUCUGUCAUCACAUCGCGGCGAGCGAUUCGCACAAUUACAGCCGCCGGUCACAUCACCACAGAUCCUGCGGAGAUACCCAACGAUGACAGUGUUAAGGACGAACCCCCAGAGUCUCAAAUAGAACAUGAGCAGCAACAGCACCAUCUUCAACAAUACGCACCUAAGCUGGAAGAAGGCGAGCCCCGCGAUGCAGUGCAGCAACAUUACAAAGAUGAGAGAUUACGAUUAGCCGAAGCGGAAUCGGAAGGUCGCCACCAUGUAUUUAAACAGGAAACCUAUAGAGGUGUUUCUUCCCCAGCCGAAGUUGUAGAUCGUUUGCAACAACAAUAUGCACGUGUUCCACCUCAAAGACCUGAUUACCGUCGUGGACUAGCAUUCCGUUACGGAGCGCCCCCGCAUCACGUAGUGGUAACGCAGGAAGGCGAGGCAGAGGAACACGCUCACGAAGCCUAUCUCGCACAUAAAGAGAAAGCAGAACAGUUGCAAGUAUACGCAACGGCAUCCGAAGGUGUUCCAGGUGGGCAAAGUGACGGACGGCAGUACGGAACGGUAUUGAGUGAUCAAGCGGCCGCUUCUAAUGCUUUGGAAAUGAUACAAACCACGUCACUGAGUAACCAGCAGGCGGUCGGGGUGGCCUACCAACCUGUCAAAUAUGAAACGCGCAGUGACAGUGAGCCGCGGCCGACUACUUACGCGAGUUUACAACCGGUAACAUCUGUGCACGGUGGAUACAGUUACGCUGGACAGAGCCCACAGUACGGUGGUGCAGGAUAUAGCGCGUAUGCUAGUGGAGGCAAAGAGUUGCUGACAUUGUACGGCAGUGGGUCGGGGGCGGCGGGAGCCGGCCCGCGCGGCGACGAGUCGCCGCCUGGUCAGCUGAUGUACCGGAGCGACCCGACGCUGUCCUCCUCCUCGCUAACUACUCGUGGAACGCACGUCGUGUACGGCUCCGUAGUGCCACAAACGCAAGCAGUUUACGAAGCCCCACCUAGUCCAAAUUCGCAACAAGUGACGUUGUACACCCACGGUAACACAGUGCAGUACAAAGUGGGCGGCGAGCACUACCUGACGCAGGGCGGCACCGUGGACUACGUGCCGGUGUCGGGCUACGAGGGCGGGCUGCUGGUCACCGAAGGGUACGCGCCGCCCGCGCAAUCCUGGCCCGGACCCAACCUGCUCGCCAUCGACGACGGCUUCGAUCCUAACAUGGCCGGGAUAGGGGAAAUGAAGGAGUGCGUGAACUGCGCGGCGGGCACCACGCCGCUGUGGCGGCGCGACGGCACCGGCCACUACCUGUGCAACGCGUGCGGCCUCUAUACGCGCAUCAACGGCGUCAACCGACCCCCGCUCAAGGGGCAGAAGACGAAACCGCAGCAGGCAUUGCCAACGAACGGCAACCGUCGCAUGGGCGUGACGUGCGCGAACUGCCGCACCGCCAACACGACGCUGUGGCGGCGCAACCACAACGGCGAGCCGGUCUGCAACGCCUGCGGACUCUACUACAAACUCCACAAUGUCAACCGGCCGCUCAGCAUGAAGAAGGACGGCAUCCAGACGCGCAAGCGCAAGCCGAAGAGCAUGGGCGGCGGGCACGGCGGCGUGGGGCGGCCCGGCGGCGGCGCGCUCGCCGUGGAGGCACACUCGCACAAGGUGCUGCCUCCGCUGUACGCGGCGGUGGAGGCGGGCGCGGGCGGCGCGGGGGGCGGCGGCGCGGGGGGCGGCGGCGCGCCGCUGCUGCUGCUGCCCGCAGCGCGCCACCAAGCCGAUAUGGUACCAACGUUAGAUCGAUCGCCGGGCGGCGCGUCGCUGCACUACCGGCCGCCCUAACCACGCGACUGGUAGGCUAUUAGGCACACAGCAGCCAACCUAACCUCGCUCUGUACAUAUUAGCUAGGAUGGAAAACCUCUCCACACCGGAGAUUGCUGUGACAUCAAUUUCAGAUUAAUCUCGUGAUACAUUUACUUUAAAAAAAACCAUUCAUACUCACUUUUUUACUUUAUCCGAGCAGUGAGUACUUUAUAUUAUUCUCAAUUUCGUGUAUAAUGUAGUAUAUAUCAUAUAUGUGUAAGUGUAUUUGUUAUUCAUAUAUAUUUAUUCGUUUAUAUAUGUAAUUUUAGUAUGUAUGUAUAAUAUAUCAAUAAUUACUAGUGCCGCUUUCGAGUAUUCUGACACUUCCCUAUGGUUGACUGGGAGAGAAUGCUUUUAGCAUUAAGCCCGCCAUGUACACAUAUAUGGUAUGUACUAAUGAAUAAAUAAAUACAAAAUAAAUACAUUAACGUAGACUAGUAACUAAAUGCAGAUUUCAUACAACGCUAUUCUAUUAAAUAUAUAUUUAUUUUCUAAUAAAUAUAUAUGUAUGUUUAUUUUAGUUUUAUAAGUAGGUAACAUGAUACGAUUUCGAAUAACUCUGUCACUUUAACUAUGAACUUAUAGUUAUUUUCAAUAUUUGUCGCCGCGUAACUACACGUUUGUUUUUAUAAAGGUUGACUGCGAGAGAAGGCUAUAUAGCAUUGUCUAUGGUACCAAAUAUUUUUGUAAAAAUUGACAAUGAUAAAAUAAAUCAAUAGCAACAUUAUUCGAAACCUACGUAUAUACAAACCGUGCUAUAAUUCAUGUGAAAUUAUGUUUUAAUUUUAUUAUAAUAUAAUACUAAUAUAGUACAGUUCUCUUUUCAUUGAAAUUGUAUUUAAUAAAGAUAUAUAAUUUUUAUUUAUUUUAUUAUAUUUGAGUAACAAUUCAUUGACAUAUUUGACAUAUACAUUAAUAUAAGACAAAAAUCUCCUCAAAUAAAAAUCAAAUAUUUACCACGAAGAAUAUUAUUACUUAUUAAAUAAAAUAAUGGAAUCCACAAACGUAUUGUAAAUUGGUAGAGUUACAUUUAAAAUGAGGAAUUUUUCCGUAUCUAAAUUACAUAAUGUAUAAAAACAUUUUCAUUGCAUAAAUUUUUUCUUUCUUUACAAAUAAUUGCUCACUGCUACUUGUUGGUAGUUAGAUUGAUCUGAAACCGAUGUGACUUUGUACAUAAGUUGUAGGCAUUGUUAAUAAUUUAAGGUCCAUGAAUUAUUUGACCAAGUUGUUACUACGGAACAAUUAAUUUGUGUUGAUUUAUUUAGCGGUAACUACACACAAUCGUAUACUAUGAAGGGUGGAAUAGGAGUCAUCAGCAUUCUUUUGAAGGAAUGUUUCUCAAUAGUCAAACGAAAUAUUUUUCUCGAAGGAAAAUUUUUCUCUCAUACUGACUUUGAAAAUUAGAAACGUCGUGUUACUAUGUAGACUGAAAUUUUUUUAUCAUCUUUAGAACGCUCUCGUAGAAGGAUGCUGAGGCUUCUUUUUAACUUUGUAUAUAUAUAGUACGUAUAUUUCCAGUCCGUAUCUGUUACAGCAACUUAAAUGCAAAUUUGAUUGAAUUGAGGUACAAUCAAAUUAAAUUGUAUUACCUCGAAAUAAAAAUGUAUCAAAAUAUUAUUAGAUUUUAUUUUUCUUAAUAGGCAUAAUAUGCUAAAAUUAUAAAGAAUUGUUAUUACAAAUAUUUUUAUUUCUGUUUGAAUUAUAACUUUUCACUACGACACAUUUUAGGUAUUUAUGUAGAACAAUUUACUAUUACUUUAGUAUUUUCUAUUGUUCUCUGUCUGAUAAUACCAAAGGAGAGAGGCAUAUAUUUCUAAUGGUAGUACCCACAAUAUAAUUUGACGUUAACAAUCUGAUUAUUUGCAUUUUCUUGUACAUCGUAAAGAUAUUGACAUCAUAAAUGUAAUGUUGGUUUUGCAAUUUAGAUUAAUUUUGUUACAAGACACAUCUAUUAGUAGUAACUAUUUAAAGUUGACUGUACACCGUGUUAAUUAUACGCGGGACAUAAAACUCUAGUGUUUAGAGAAUUUAUUUGAAAAUUCAAUAUUAUGUACAAUCAGAGACCAAAAAAUGUCACCAAAAACUCAGUUAACCAUUCUAUGCAUUAGUUCCUCGACAUUACUCUUGUCUUGCCAUGUGUUAUUUAUUUUAAUUUUAAUUCGGGACAGUUUUGAGCGUAACUUUUGUAUGGGAAUAUAUUUUUUUAUUGUAAUAAUGUGUAUAGAGUGAUGACGAAGCUGCCCAUCUUUUCCUAGGUCAUUACUAUUUUCUAUCAAAGUCUCAAUGCCUUAAUUUACAAGUAUUGAUACCUCUUUAUGAAAGUAACCUCUUGUAUUUCCAUAAUUAACCUAACCAUGGUAGGUGGUUGGUAACUGUCCGAUACUGAGACCCUAUGUAGGUAUAUGCGUAUAUACCGAUAUAAACAUCUCCGAGUCACUUUAUUAAAUAUUAUUUUAUGAAACUAGUAAAUUACGAGUAUUUUUGUUGUUCCUUAUCUAUUUCUAAACAUGAAGUCUGCUUUUAAUUUUUAUCUCUAAUUUUUUUUUACUUAAAUUUAUUUUUGUCUUUAUUAAUAAGAUUGAUGAAUGUGGAAGAAGCGAAAGAGGUUUGUUUGAAUCGAAGCAUUUGGCGUUCCAUUGUUACUGCCUACCCUAAUGGGAGACAGGCGUGACAGAUAUGUAUGUAUGUAUGUAAUAGUAAAAUUUUUAGAAUAUAUAAUCAUCAAAAUAAAAUGACAUCAGUAUCAAUUAACAUAUUAUAAAAAUUAAAAUAUCUGCAAAACAUGUAAUAGUGUUAACUAUUUUCAGAGAUUCUUGAAAGAGUCGCUAAACAUUUGUGAUCUAAAUACGCCUGCCUCGUGGACUUACUUCUUAGACAGGCAUAUCGCUAUAGAAAAAUCUAUUGACACGAUUUGAAAUAAGCUGUCAAUCCUAAUUUGGACGUAGCGUCCCACUUGAAACAUCUCAAAAUACUAACUGCGGUUGCCAAUCCGCCUCCAAGGGAGAGACUUUUGUUCGGCAGUGGAUCUUUUCUACCAUUAUACCCGGCUCUGCUUUUAGACAAUUUUUCUGUAUUCUCUUUAUUACGUAUACGUGUUAAUCUAUGUGCAAUAUAGUAUAUUAGAUAUGAAUUAAUUUGAGGUUAGUGGUAACCCGAUUUUAAAAACAAUGUAUGCCAACUUUAAGUCUUUAAGAGUUGUCAGGGAAUUCUAUGGGCUACUCGCUAUGAACUGUCGCGUUACGAAUUUAUAAUUUAUUUAACGAUAUUUUUGUAUAAGUAAAGAGACUGUGACCGUUUCCAUGCUUUGUACAUACGUGCCACAUGUGUUAUGUUGUUCCUGUAACGUGUAAAGUAACAUUAAAGUAAAAUAUAUGGAUAAGUUUUCAAAGAACAAACAUGUACCUAUUUGUAAUAAAAUUGAAUUACAUACCUA